UUGUAGCAAGUCAAUUCCUAUCUGUCAAUCUUCUUCACAUUUAUAGAGCGAGAAAGAAAUGGACUUUUUUAGAGAGAGAGAGAAAAAGUAGGCAAGAAAGACGGCCACUGACUGAAUAAAAGAUCACUCACUCUCAUACCCUUUCAAGAGAUCUCAUCGUCCCCUCAUCUUUCCUUCCUUCCCCGCCGGUAGUUAGUUCCUAGCUUGCUUUGAUACAACAAUGGGUGCUUCAGGGAGAUGGAUUAAAGCGUUAGUUGGUUUCACCAAAUCUGAUAAGUCAAAGUCUAAAAAGAAGGAUGAUAAUGUGAAGAUUGCAACCAAGAGCCGGUUUGGGAGAAACCAUUCUGUUGAUUUUGAUGCUGAGAAGUUUCAACAUGGGUUUGAAGAUUCUAAUCCGCAUAGGAGCAUGGUUGAUAAUGGGGUCUCUACUUCAACUUCAAUACAAUCGUAUGGUGCUGCUUAUGAAGAACAAAGGAAGGAACAUAUGGCUGCAACGCGGAUUCAAACAGCUUUUCGAGCGUUUCUGGCUAGAAGGGCUUUACGAGCAUUGAAGAGAUUGGUUAGACUUCAAGCCCUUGUCAGAGGACACGCGGUGAGAAAGCAAGCUGCUGUAACGCUCCGAUGCAUGCAAGCGUUAGUCAGAGUUCAGGCUCGUGUACGCGCGAGACGUGUCCGUCUAGCAUUGGAAAGUGAAACGGGUCAGCAGAUGCUUCAGCAACAGUUUGCAGAUGAUGAAGCCAGAGUUCGAGAAAUAGAGGAAGGUUGGUGUGAUAGCAUUGGUUCUGUUGAACAAAUCCAAGCCAAGAUACUAAAGAGGCAGGAAGCUGCAGCUAAGCGUGAGAGGGCUAUGGCAUAUGCUUUGACUCACCAGUGGCAAGCUGGGACUCGGCAGUUAUCUGCACACAGUGGCUUUCAACCAGACAAAAACAACUGGGGAUGGAACUGGUUAGAAAGAUGGAUGGCUGUUCGUCCAUGGGAGAACCGGUUUCUGGACAGUAACCUAAGGGACGACGCCAUAUUAGGUGAAAACAAUAUGGAUCAAACCGAGAAUGUGCACAAAACUCAGAUGAAAAGUGCAAGCAAGAUGACAAAGACUUCAAACCUUGCGUCCGGUGUUUCGAGUCAGAAGGUAACCGGGCCAUCUCCCUCGGAUGGUAAUUCGUCUUCACCUGGGAUAUCUUCAAGCGUGCCAGUCCCAGUGGUGUCCAAGGUUAGGUCAAAGCUCGCUAAAGACGAUCUUGCUGUAGUAGAAGUUAACUCAAGACCUGGUGCUGGUCCAAGAUCACAGAGCAAUCCAAAAGAAAGAUCAAGAGCGUCAGAUAGAGCUUCUAAGGAACGAUUAUCUCUGCCAAACAGUGGAAAAUCCUUGGGAUCCCAGUCAGCUAAAGCCAAAUCUGCACAAAACCAGACAAGACGCAACUCGGACCCAAUAAAACAGAGGCUUGCAUAGCCCUGGCAAGAGUCUCUGAGAAUCGUCUGUUCCUGUACAUACACAGCUUCUGAUAAAAAGAAAACAAGGUCAUCAAUAUCAUGUGAGGAAACUAUGGGUUUUCAUUCAGAUAUGAGAAGAGUUGCUUGGUACAUCGAUCAAGAAGAGACCACCAUCAUCUUGGCGUCUAUUGUUGUUUGUUAUUUAUGUCAGCCAUCCUUUUUUGUCCAUGAUUCUUAUAUGGAUUGGUAAGUAAAGUUGUUAUUUGGGGUAUAUCUUGUGAGACAGUUUUUUUUUUGUUGGGAGAAGGGACCAUGCUUCUCAUGGCCUUCCCAAUGUGAUAUAUAGUACGUUGUUUUUGUAUAAGUCUCAGGUUUAAAGUGUGAUGAUAUUAUUAUCAAAGUUAAGUGUA